AUGGGAGGUCUCGGUCGUCCAUCCGUUUCACCGGCCAUCGGGUCUGAUGGCGUGGGACAAGCCAGGAAGCGCAAUGUUGGAAUGGCGGGGCUGGAUAGUUCCCCCGGCAGUGUGGAUGAUGUGGAAGAGGUUGAGAGUCGCGAGGAGAAGAAAAGGCAGCCUGUGAAGCGGGCCUGCAAUGAAUGCCGACAGCAGAAAUUACGAUGCGACGUGAUCCAAGAUCCAUGGGCAGAUUGCUCUCGAUGUCGUCGCCUCAAACUUGAUUGCAAAAUCGAAUCAAAUUUCAAACGGAUUGGGAAGCGGAGUCGGAACGCGGAAAUGGAACGGGAGAUCAUUGAGUUGAGGAAACAGAUCGCUACCGCACACGCUGGGGGCCCCCCACAACCCCCAUCGGCGCUUUCUACGGCUCAAGCAACUCCCAAGCAGGAGAGCUCUUCCAGUCAGGUUAGCCCGGCCGGAGUUUACCAAACACCUUCCGCCAUGUCUACAGAUCAAUAUAUGGGCUCCCAUGAGGCGGUUGCCUCGUUGCUUGACCUGCGCUCUGGGUUUGAUGGGUCAAACUAUAUAAGGAAUGGGAACCAGCAUUUCAAGCGGAUUGAGGAUGUGGCAGUGGUACCUGAGAGGGUCACAGAACUGUUUGAUCUGUUCUUCACAUACUAUCACCCGUUCCUCCCUUUUCUGGAUCGGGGUCAGUCGCCAGAGGAUUAUUACAACGUAUCUCCGUUGCUAUUCUGGACUAUCAUUAGUGUUGGUGCUCGAAGAUAUCGAACCGAUUCCAACCUUCUCAAUUCCCUCUCCGGCCCUGUCUCGCGAUUGGUAUGGAGUACGCUGGCAGACAUCCCCCAGAGCUAUCAUGUUGUCAAGGCUCUCUGUUUGCUCUGUAGCUGGCCAUUUCCCACCAGCAGCACCUCCACGGACCCGACCUUUAUGUUGUGUGGCAUGAUGCUACAGGUCGCCAUGCAGCUCGGGCUGCACCGCCCAUCACAUUCCCAGGACUUUAGCAAGUUUAGGGUGGAACUUAUUGAAGAAGAGCUUAAGGAUAAGGUCAGAACAUGGGCUAUUUGUAAUAUAGUCGCGCAACGUGUUGCAACCGGAUAUGGGCAACCGUCCUCUACGAUGUACGACUGGACACUAUCAUCUAAUGAGUCUAUGGACCCGAACUUCAAGCUUCCGGAUAGCAUCAGGCACCGGCUUGAUAUUGAAAAGUUCUGUGACAAAGUCACCAAAGCGCUUUACACCAACCGCCGAGACCCCGUUGGAUUAUGCAGUGACCAGGAACGGUCUACCUUGAUCUCCAUUCUUUCCCGCGACUUGGAUGAACUUGAGAAUCAUCUUAAGCCGCAUAAUGACGGCAUCACCGAUUUGUAUCUACGCGCAUCUAAUCUCCACCUUCAUCUUUCCGCUUUCUUCGACGAUCCAACUGCAAAAGACUAUCGCGAGCGACUUCUUUCUCUGUACCUUGCCACGACCUCAUUCCUAGAAGCUGCCAUGAAACUGCAGACCGAGGUCGGAUUGGUUCUGUCAUACACCCCGUACUACAUCUAUCAGAUGAUGGUCGCCGGAGGUUGUACGCUCCUGAAGCUUUGUAAGAGCUUUUUUGCGGCGCAUAUCGAUAUGGACUAUACCAAAGGCCUCUUUAAUCGCACUAUCUGGGCCAUUAGGGGCGUAUCUGUGAUAUCCAAUGAUCUUCCUGAACGGCUCGCCGAAGUCUUGGCCCAGAUGUGGAGGCUGGGAGGCGCACCGUCUCCGCAGCCACCGGUUGAUGGCGCUGAAAUGGAUGACUCACUGAUGCUCAAGGUGCGAUGUCGUAUGAGCAUGUCGCUCUUAUUUGACUCGGUGUGGCGAUGGCGAGAGGAUGCCCGAACCAAGGGCCGUAACAUUGAAGGUAAGUCAGUGACUGCGUACCUUAAAAACCCAACCAACCCGGAUUCCAACACAGACUCCUCUGCUUCAUCGUCCGUGGGGCCGAUGCGCACGUCCCCUGGCAUCGCUGGUGGAGAUCCUAGCCUGGCGCCGGCUCCCUUACUUGGGCAAGCAAAUCUCGGUGUGCAAUCGGGCAAUGGAGUCGCAGGACUGCCGAGCGGAUUCAUGGAACCGAAUUACGAAGUGUUUGACCCCUUGAACUGGCUCCUCGACGGACUGGUGGACCUGCCUUAUUCAUAUUCUCUGUCCGGGAUGGAGGCACCAGGGAUCGCGUAA